UCUCGUUACAAGACUUCUCUGGGCUUUGGGGUUUUUUUAAUACUUUAUUCAUGUUUUAUUUGGACAUUUCGGUCGGGCGCAGUGCUGUGUCGCCGGACGCGAGGACGCCCGAUGCUCUUUGAAUGCAGUCAAAGGAUAUUUUCUAUAACCGACAGUUAUGUCAGGUGAAGAGACUGAGAAGGUGAAGGAAGCCGUUCAAAUCCUCACAAAUGGAACAGAUCCUGACUUGUUGACAUCUUCGCACCUUGAUGCUCCAAAUGAGGGGAUGUAUAUGCUGUGCGGCGUGCUAAUCGCCAUGUUCCUCGUGGCCAUCAUCAUCAUCCUCCUCGCGGUGACUAUCAGCAAGCUGAGGAAACGGGAGGACAGCUCGGUCGUGGCCAACAACAACAACAUCAACAAUAACAACAACACGGUCAUCCAAGAGACGGAGGUCCGGACUACGAUAAUACAGCAGACGACCGUACCCGUCGAGCCUCCUCCGUUCCUCUGGAGGUACUCGAACUCUUCGCAGUUCAGCCUGUCAAACAACGAUCAGACGGCACUCGUGCACACCCUGCCAUGCGAGGAAAUCGGGGAGUGCAAGGGCUUUCGGAAGAACCUCCGUGGGAAAUGGAGACGCCUGGUGAAGAAGAAGCCAGAGCCGGAGGUCUACACCAUCCCACCGGAGUUCAGGGACCAACUGAAGCAAAUCUACGUCUACUGACGAAGCCGACGAUUUGUGACUUUUGAGUCAUGAUUUUCCCCGGAAGAAGCGCGUGAUACAGUUCUCGAGGAAAAUGAAAUCGAUGUAUUUUAAAUGUACAUAGUUUUAACUUUAAGUGAACUUAAUUUAAACUGUACUCUAUCGUUUGUAAAAUGAAAAAAUACUACUACCAAUGAUUGGCCGCAAUUUGAAGAACUGAGUGAAAGACUUUUAAUGAUUUGAAGAGAAACCUAAAUAAUACACGUCUUUUACCUUACUUUUUGAUUUUUUCCCUCCCUCCAUUUUGUCCAAGAACACUUUCAUUUUUUCAUAAGGCCAUAUAUUUUUUUGUAAUAAAGGUAAAAGUUCUUUUCAAUACAUAAAAAUAAAAAUAUUUCAUUAACUGUUAGUGCUAAAUCCUGCACAAAAUGUGUGAAUUGUGGGGUUUCUCAACUUUGACUCACAUUGAGUCCGAAUUACUUUUAGUUGAUGUACACUUAUUAUUUUAGUCUUAACUUUCCUUCACAUAAAAUUUAAUAAAACCGAUUUGAAAUUUCGAACAUUGAACAUAUUUAUGAUUUUGCGUCUUAGCUUAAAAUUUAAAUGAUACAUAUUCAAUGGUGAGUGAGAAAAACUUCCAAGGUCUUUCGAAGGCAGAAAUCUCAGUUUUGGAAUAUUUCUGCAUUGAAAUAUAACGAUCUGUCAAGCUGAGCCACUUUUUUGAAUGUCACAGUCAUGCCUAGAAAAGAGUGAUUUAAGAUAUAAAGGCUGAAAGCAAGUUAAGUUUUUGUGUUUGUAUAACGACGAUUUUGAAGAAAAUAUUAAAUUUAGAGGCCGAAAAAAAGAUAAUUUUAAAGAAAAUUGGAUAUCUCAGGGAAAUGAGAGAAAGAAUUUUUAUGUUUUGUUUUGAAUAAUAAAAAAAAUUGCAUUUAUUAAAAGUUAUUAUUGUGCUUCAUCUUGACUAAUCCUUCGUUUUUGCCAUAGAUUAUAUUGUUUUGACAAUUUUGUAACAAGCGAGUAACUCUAAUUUGUCUCUUAUUCGUAAAUAACACUAGUCAUAUGAUUUGCCAACACAUUGAAAUUGAAUUGUUAAAAAAAAUCAAAUUAGAAAGGAAGAAAACGUUUUGUGAGCAGUAUUCUUUUUAAUUGUAAUAUAUUUUAUGUAUAUUUAUACUUUAUGAAUACUAGUGUCCGAAAAGAAUUAAAGUCACCUGCUUAGAAUGUUCUUGUAGUACGAAAUAGAAUGAAGUCUGUGUACAUUCAUCCUGUACUUUGUUAUAUAUUUAUUUAUUGUGGACAUAAAUAAAUAUAGGGUUAAAUCAAUUUCUUGGAUGAAAGAGUUGAUCAAUAAAUGAGUAUCAUGAUAAA